UAGGCUAAAAGACUCAUACACCAUAUCCCGCACCACAGCACUCAUCAACCAGGACAAAACAAAGACCCCAAAACCAAAAGUGUUUCACGGAUGGAGUCGUAGUAAAAACAUUUAUGCUGCAAGGGACAUGGAAAACUUUCGACGUAGUUGUCAGGACUUGGAUGGUAAUGAUAUCAGUGAUGACAAUGAUGAUGAUGAAAAAGAUAAAGGUCACUUCUGUAACCUAGCAUUCUACCAUGGUCAAAUCAAAUCUUCACCUGACGAUGUUCACAUUGAUGAAUUUCACCAGCAGUGGUGGGGUGAAUAUGACAGGCUGGAAGAUGUACACUCCUACAUUCAAUGGUUGUUUCCAAUACAAGAGCCAGGAGUGAAUUGUAGAGCACAUGUGCUCACAAAAAAGGAAAUAAAGCUUUUCCGUAAAGAUAAACAAGCAAAGUGUAAAUUGGUGAAAUCAUAUAAGCUCAUGUUGGAUUUCUACGGUGUACGUUUAGUCGAUGAAUCAACAGGAGAGGUGGAACGGGCUCCUAACUGGAAGGAUCGCUUUAGGAACCUGAACAGAUAUUCUCAUAACAACCUUCGCAUCACACGCAUCCUGAAGUGUUUGGGGACUCUAGGAUUGAAGCACUACCAGGCCCCACUGGUCAAGUUCUUCCUCCAUGAAACUCUUGUAGUGGGACACCUUCAAAGCCUAAAACAAAGUGUUCUAGAUUACUUUAUGUUUGCUGUUUUGGACAACACAGAGAGACAAGAGCUGGUUAGAUUUGCAUUUAAGCAUUUCAAGCCCCAAGAACAGUUUGUCUGGGGUCCCAAGAAGAUUCUGUCAGGUGAGGUACAUAGCAGCAAAAGUUAAAAAUUCAGUCAUGCUACAUGUAAUAAGCAGCAAAGGGAUUGGGACAAAAUAAUUUAGGUUGCUUUGGGUAAAAAUGUCUGCCAAAUGCAUAAAUGUAAAUGUGAAACAAUAAAAGCAUAGGAAAGUGAGAUGAAAAGAUGAUAUUGAUGAUGGUGAUGUUAAUAUGACAGCAGCUACAUCACCAAGCAUGUCUUUGUGGUGCUCCUGAUAAUAGAGGUUUUAGCAUUUGUUCCUCUACUCUAAAUUAUUUUAUUGUUUUACAGAAAAAUAUUGGAAUAUCUUUCAUGGCUCAA